AUGGGACCAAAAGGGGAACAUUCUGGUCGCCACAGGUGGAAAUUGUACAGUCCAAGUUAUUUUAAAUCUUCCGAGAAGCAGGAAAAGAACGAAAAAACUAAACACGAACCCGACCAAUCUGACCGAUCCGAGCCUCCAAAAGAUCCAUCGCCUCCAAAGCAGCACGAUGGGACAAUUUCGCCCUUAGCAUCGCUCAAAGCCAAAGAUGUCAACACCGUGGAAACAUUUCUUCUUACCACGAGCGAUGAUCUCUGGACUAACGCCUUGAAGAAACUCCCUCCGAAACUCCAAGAAAAGCUCCGAGCAAGAGGCAUGGACGAAAAACGAACGAUUUCCAUGAGAGACCAGGUCGAGGAGUUCAAACAGGAGGCUGGGAGACUGCAGGAAUCGAGCAAGGGAAAAGAUUGGAAGUUCUCCUUGAAAGGGCAAGAUAUUCUAGUCAGAGAUUUGACUACUCGGAUCGCUGGAUGGGCAGUUAAGAUCGGCGAUAUAGCCAUUCCAUUCGCAUCAGCAACGUCUGUCGCAGCUGCAGUGUGGGGGUGUGCUACUCUUUUCCUCAAGUCGAGGAAACAGGGGAUUCAGAAUUUUGAUACCGAGAAGAAGGCUCUACUAUCUAUCGCUGAGAAAGUCGCACAGGCGAUGUUUUUUGGUCAGCUUUACUCCAACACCUACACCCACGAGCGCACAGGGAAUUUCGACGUCAUCGCCAAUCUUCGCAAGGCCACCGUGGAUUUAUACAUCUGUGUGUUGACACUGUUGGUCAAGUCUCUUGAUCUUACAUCCAAUACCGUCACCCAAUUCUGUCGAUCGAUGUUCGAAAACCAUAAGCCAUCUGGCAUAUUAUUGGAUUUGGCAAGCCAAAAGAGUACUUUGAACGAAGCAGCUGGUUUGUGUGAAGUAACGGCUAAAGCACUUCAGGAUGAAAAUUUCAAGAAUUGCCUUCGAGACACCGAACUUUUCCAGAGGCAAUACUUCCAAAAAAUCAACGAAAAUGAGCAACGGGAAAUUCGGGACUGGGUCUCCAAUGUGCCAUAUGCUUCGCAUCGUCGGGAGAUUGAGGAGAACCGAGUCAAAGAGACGGGUAACUGGCUCAUUCAACAUCAAAGGUUUCUUGAUUGGAUACAGUCAUCUUCAUCCGAGGUGUUAUGGCUUCAAGGAUCCCAAGCUGGGACCGGUAAGACUUUUUUGACUGCAAAUGUUGUGACUUAUCUCGAAGACCAUAUCGCUUGUACGGGAGGCGGUUUUGCUUACUUCUUUUGCAACCGAGAUGAAAAUGACAGGCGUAGGUCAUCACCGGUUCUUCGAAGCCUGGUUCGCCAGCUUGCGACGACAACUUCUAUUGACAAAUCGAUACGAGGAAGUCUGCAAAAGCUAUGGAAGAAGAGCAAAAAGGAGAAUUUAGACUUUGGCCGCUCAGAUUGUCAAAAUCAGCUUCUCGAAUCCUUCGAUACAUACCCCACAACUUUUGUUGUUCUUGAUGCGCUGGAUGAAGUCAAUACGGAGGACAUCCGAGUUCUUUUGAAAGAUAUUCGCAAUAACAUGUCAAAAACUGAGAAUGUAGUCAAGCUCUUUGUUGCUAGCCGACCCGAGGUUGGAGUUCCUCAUCGCCUGUGGCCCACAAUUACGAUCCAAUCUCGAGAUAAUUUUGAGGACAUCAAAAAGUACGUGGAGGGAGAGGUCGAGCAAUUCAUUGAUGACUAUCACCGUGACAGGUUGGAUGAAGGAUCUGAGUGCGUACCGGCGGUGGAGGAAAAGAAAGACCAGAUAAUUCAGGACGUUCUGGAUAAGUGUGACAACAUGUUCUUGUGGGCUGCUCUCCAGGUUAAGCGGAUUCUGGUAGAUUGCCACACUGUUGAGGCUAUUGAAAACGUCCUCGGAGUUCUUCCAAUGGGAUUGGAUGAAGCGUAUGAUAGAAUCUUCGAGGAUAUCAAAUGGUUUCCCGACCCCGAUCAAGAGCUAGUUGAGCACACCUUGAAGUGGAUUUAUGCUGCCCCUGGACUUCUUCAAACCGAAGAAAUUCUGUCCGCCAUUCGUGUCCGAAGCAAUUCCUUGGAUUUCUCCGAUGAAGCUAGUUUCUUCUACCUUAAGUGGUUCGGUUAUGUGCUUGAGUCGAAUUUCCAGGGGUUCGAUUAUGAGGAGGUCGCUUUUCUCGAGCAACGCUUUGUGUCCGACUAUGAAACAGAAUCCUAUUCCGGGGAUCAUCGAGAUGGAGAUCCAAUAAAAGCACCAAUCUUCAUGGUUGCGUAUUUUUCACUCUACGAACAGUUGCGGGAGUGGUAUGAGAACAGUGCGAUAAACCCAUUUCAAUCGACCGACCAUGGGGAUUAUCUGUUGACCUUCGCCUAUCUGAUUGAAAACCACAAAGCAGACCCGAAUUUACCGCCCAACCGCCACAGCUAUGCAGGUGCAUUUGUCGUUGCCGCAGCAUAUCGUCGGCGUGAUAUGAUCAGAUAUUAUUUGGAGGAAACAAACGUUGAUGUGAAUGCUGUAUAUAGCACUGGCUCGUACGGUAGUCCGCUUUGCACCAUGAUCUCCCAUGGCUCGCUUGAAGAUGUGAGCUACUUUAUCGAAACAGGGAAAGCGAAUGUCAAUCUUCUGCAUGAGGUUGGAGGGUGUGGGAGUGCACUUGCUCAGGCCGCUUUUUUGGGAAAGCUCGAAAAAGUCAAGUACCUCGUGGAAGAGGCUGGAGCAAAACCUGAUCUUCAACUAAAAGUUGGAGACUACGGCAAUGCACUGAUUGCGGCUCUAUUUAAAGUGUCUGGCAAGAACAACUAUAGAAUUUUCGAAUAUCUUGCGCCUCACACCCAAGUCAAUCUCCCCCUUUUGUGUGGAAGAUACGGCAGUGCCCUUGCUGCUGCUUUUGCGCUCCAUCGCCCUGAUAGUAAAGUCAAUAUGGAUAUUGUGCGUCUUUUCAUCGAGACUGGAGCUGAUGUGAAUAUGCAGCAUCGGGUCGGAGAAUAUGGCAGUCCAUUUUUGACCGCUGCUUUCUUCGUGACUGAUCUGGACAUAAUACACUACCUGGUUGACGAGUGCGAGGCAGAUUUACAUGCUCUCCAUUCGACUGGAAAUUAUGGGAGUGCUCUUGCUGCUGCUGCCAAUGGUGGGAAUAUGGAAGUUGUCAAAUACCUCGUGGAUUUAGGAGUAGAUGCUGAUUGUGAGCUUCAAGUUGGAGCCUAUGGCAGUGCUCUUGCUGCUGCUGCUGCUGGUCGAUACUCGGACCCAGCAGCUUUCAAAUACCUCGUGGAUUUAAGAGUGGAUACCAAUCGUGAGCUCCAAGUCGGAGCCUAUGGCAGUGCGCUAGUCGCUGCCGCUGCUACAAAAAAGCUGGAGCGAGUGCAGUAUCUUGUUGAGAAAGGGAAUGCGAAUGUGGAUCUUUGUCUCAGCUCUGGAUCUUUCGGAAGUGCACUGGCCGCCGCCGCCGCGAAUCGCAACUUCCAAGAAGUCGAAUAUCUCGUGGAAGAAGGCAAAGCGAAUGUGAACCUUCUUCUUGCGUUUGGAUCUUUUGGAAGUGCAUUUCUCGCUGCUAUCAUCUCGCCUUUCGACGUUCCAAUUGACCAAGAGAUCAUUGAAAUUUCCCGACAACGAGGACUCGGAUUGUAUGUAGAUCUCGCAAUCCAAAUUUUAGGCGACGACGUUACCCGAGUGGCUCUUGCCGCAAGUUUCGCACCUCCUUGGUUGCGAAAAGAUGCUUUUGGUAUUGUGAAAUAUCUGGUGGAUGCAGGAGCAAAUGUUGAUCUCGAGCUCCAAGUUGGCGCUUACGGCAAUGCUCUAGCCGCUGCCGUUACGAUUGGAAAUCUUGACCAAGUGAAAUAUCUUGUGAGGAAGGGGAAGGCGAAUGCGAAUUUUCAACAUAACACCGGGUCUUUCGGGAGUGCCCUUGUGGUAUCCAUCAUUAAAUAUUCCAAAAUCCGGAAGCUUCCUGAUGAUGUCCAUGGUAUCCAGGGGAUCAUUUUGAGCCAAAUUGAUCGCAUGAAUUUCUACGGUCGCUCCAUAGCAAGUAUGAACGAUGCAGAGGCUCGAUCUAGAGUUGAAUCUAUGAUGCGUUCUCUGGUUGAUAUUAUGAUCUAUCUCCUGGAAUCAGGAGCCAAUGCAAAUCUGCAGCUCAAUGUCGGUCCGUUUGGCAGUGCACUGGCUGCUGCUGCUGCGACGGGGAGCUUGUGGCAUGUCAAAUUUCUCGUGGAGAAUGCCCAGGCAGAUGUGGACCUUCAACUCAAUAAUGGGUCCUAUGCCAAUGCUUACGAGGCGGCAAUCUUUGUUUUCUUCCUCUCUUCCUCGUACUAA